AUGGAAGUUGAUGAUAAGACUAACUCUAACGAUUCUAUGAUACUUUGUGAUUGUCCUAGGAGCGAUACGAGAAAUGGUGAUGUAGCUGAAACUAAACUUAAUGGUGCCUGUGAAAAAGAUACUAUAAAUGAUCAUCAUUUUAAUUUAUCUACUGAAUUCAUCGAUCCCAAUAAUAUCUUUUUACUGGAUGAUAAAAGAGUUGAUGAAAUUGUGGAACAGGCGGUUAGUUUAAGAGACCGAAUCGAAAAUUGCGUUCGACAGCAUUAUUUAAGGAAAUUAAAUGAAAUAAUUGGUGUAUACGAUGAAGAAGAGAAUAGUGAUGUUAAUGGUGCUACUGAUAAAGAAUUAAAUGACGUCGAUACUCAAGACCAGCGCGAUAUAUCUAUAGAACCAAUUAAGCGAACUGAAACUAUUAGUCGCAUUUUUACCAAUGAUAUGAUGGAAGAAAUACUGCAAUUAGAAAGUGAUUUACAAGGAUACAUUGAACGAUCUAAAAGUUUUUCACGUAGUCCGCGUAGCCCACGUAAAGCUAGAAGAUUGUCAAAUAGUAAUCAACCAUCAUCGCCGUUGUUCGCAAAUGGUAUAUUACAAGAACAAGAUUUAGAAAAUGGCGAUAAUGAAUAG